AUGCGUGGUCUAGCCGUAUUUAUAAGCGAUAUAAGAAAUUGUAAAAGUAAAGAGGCUGAAUUGAGACGGAUAAAUAAAGAGUUGGCGAAUAUACGUUCUAAAUUUAAAGGUUUUAUUUUAAAUCAAAAUAAGGAAAAAUUUUAUUUUUUCAAAGGUGACAAAACACUUGAUGGCUAUCAAAAAAAGAAAUAUGUUUGCAAAUUACUUUUUAUUUUUCUGCUUGGUCAUGACAUUGAUUUUGGCCAUAUGGAGGCUGUUAAUUUGCUUUCUUCUAAUAAAUAUACGGAGAAACAGAUUGGAUAUUUGUUCAUUUCUGUUCUAAUUAACUUAAAUUCUGAUUUAAUGAAGUUAAUAAUCCAAUCAAUUAAAAAUGAUCUCCAAUCGCGAAAUCCAGUACAUGUUAAUCUUGCCCUUCAAUGUAUUGCCAAUAUUGGUUCCAAAGAUAUGUGUGAAGCUUUUGCUCAUGAUUUGCCAAAACUUUUAACUUCUGGUGAUACUGUUGAUUUUGUUAAACAAAGUGCUGCACUUUGUCUUUUAAAAUUAUUGAGAAUUCCAAUUGAUAUUAUUCCACAUAGUGAAUAUUCUGUUCGAAUUGUGCAACUACUUAAUGAUUCACAUUUGGGUGUGGUAACUUCAGCGGCUUCCUUAAUUGAGGUUCUCUCAAAGAAAAGUCCUGAUGAAUAUAAAGGCUGUGUUUCUUUGGCAAUUUCGAGACUUAGCAGGAUUGUUACUUCUACUUAUACCGAUCUACAAGACUAUACUUACUAUUUUGUUCCUGCUCCUUGGCUUUGUGUUAAAUUACUCAGAUUACUUCAAAAUUAUCCUCCACCAGAAGAUCCAGGCAAUCGUGCUCGUCUUCUUGAAUGUCUCGAAGGUAUCCUUAACAGAGCACAGGAUGCCCCAAAGUCAAAGAAAGUUCAACACGCGAAUGCUAAGAAUGCUGUUUUGUUUGAAGCGAUAGCAUUAAUUAUUCAUCACGACAGCGAACCAAAUCUUUUAGUUAGAGCUUGUAAUCAAUUGGGAACUUUCCUUUCUCAUCGUGAAACUAAUUUGAGGUUUGAAAAUUUUAAAAUGUUCAAAUUUUUAUUUUAA